AUGUCGGAAACGACACCCAUCUAUCUUCCAGAGAAGCUGCCGUAUCCAUUGACGAUAGUGAAGAUCGGAGUGUCUGAAGGGGAAGAAAUCAAACGACACACGUCUAUUGUAUACUACAAAUAUUUUGAUUUUGAGCCCGUUCCCCUAAGCGAGGAGGACGAGUCGAAGAGCGACGAUGCAGAGCGCAGAUUAGUGAAAGUGGAGUAUGUUGGUUCAUUCGAGUGUCCCUUGGAAGGAAAGGUGGCAUCAAUUGACGUGAAAGUGGGCGACAAGCUGAAAGACGCCUCCAGCAAAAUAAUGGAGAUUAUUGAGCCCUGCAGCCAUUCGAUCCAAUAUGGUGGUCUUUGCGCGUUGUGCGGCAAAAAUGUCGAGGAUUUGGACUACACAGGUUUUAACGACAAAGACAGAGCUCCAAUUUCGAUGUCUCACGGCACUACGAACCUAAAAGUGUCUACUAAGGAGGCUGAAAACAUUGAACGAAGCUCAACGCAGAGACUACUCAAGGAGGAAAAGUUGUCAUUAGUGGUGGAUCUCGAUCAGACAGUGAUACAUGCCACUGUGGACCCCACGGUUGGCGAAUGGAUGUCUGAUCCAACAAACCCCAACUACGAGUCGAUUAAAGACGUGCGGUCAUUUUGUCUUGAAGAGGAACCUAUUUUGCCUCCAAAUUACAAAGGACCCAAGCCACCUUCCCACAAACGAUGGUACUAUGUGAAGCUGAGACCUGGCUUGCAAGAAUUCUUGGAGAAGGUGUCCAAACUGUACGAAUUACACAUUUACACCAUGGCAACGCGGUCGUAUGCCAAGAGUAUAGCCAAAAUAAUAGACCCAGACGGCAUAUACUUUGGAGACCGAAUACUGUCUAGAGACGAGAGCGGAUCGCUGACGCAGAAGACUCUCAAAAGACUUUUCCCCGUUGAUACGUCCAUGGUGGUUGUGAUCGAUGACAGAGGAGACGUGUGGAACUGGUCACCCAAUUUGAUCAAGGUUGUUCCGUAUGACUUUUUCGUUGGAAUUGGGGACAUCAACUCGAGUUUCUUGCCUCGACAGAGCACGCUGCUGGGCCCUUCGAAACGGAGACGGUCUGUCAACAAGCUUGAAGACCAGAUGAACAGCGUGAAAGAGCUGCGGGAGCUUAGUAAAAACGCAGACGAAGACACAGUGAUCACGGAAGAUGAGGAAGGCUCCGAGAGCAGCGGUAGCGACUCGCCGAAAGAGGACGACGACAACGAAGCAAAUGUCUACGACGAGACCGAUAGAAACAAGGUCAACGUGUCUCUUCCACAGGCGGGCUACUCGCCUGUGGAUCGGAUGAUGGAGCUAAAUGAAGGAGAGGAAAAUAAGGAACUUCUUGCUGCGCAAGAGACGGAAAGAAGUACUGUUCUAGAACAGCAAUUGCAAAACAGACCGUUGGCAAAAUUGCAGGAAAAUCUCGAGCGAAUCAUUGAGGAAGACGUUGUCAAAGACCAUCCGCAGGUCAGAGAGGAGCACAACUUACUAUGCGACGACGAUAAUGAGUUGGAAACCCUGGGACAGGCUCUGGUGCGAAUCCAUAACGAAUUUUAUUUUGAGGUGGAAAAGUCCAGCAAGACCCUGCCAGACGUCAAGGAUAUCAUGACUUCGAUGAAGCAAUUGGUGUUCCAAGGCUACGUUUUUCUUCUGAGUGGUGUUUUGCCCCUGGGGACUCCGCUGGAAACGGCAGAUAUCGUUAUCUGGGCGAAAUCAUUUGGUGCUUCGUUUGUUGCAAACUACAACAGAUCUGUCACGCAUGUUAUCUGCAAAAAUCCGGGAACGUUUAAAGUGCGACUGGCGAAGUCAAUAGACCCUAACGUUCAUGUUGUGAAUCCGGAUUGGCUUUUCAGCUGCAUUGCGUUAUGGGAGAAAGUUCCUGAAGAAGAUUACGCCAUGAAGGUGGACGGCUUGCUAUCUGAAAAUGAAGUGAAUGCGUACAUCAAAAGCCACAACAUCGGCGAUAGCAAGCUGGAUGGCGAGGAUCUUGACUGGGAGGAGAUAGACGAGGAGAUGAAGGAGUUUUUGGGGUCUGACUAUGACGAAGAUGAGGAAGACGAGGAAGAGCAGGAAGCAGACGAGAGCCGUUUGAAGAGAGAAAGAGACGACGAAGAUGGUGACGUUUCAGGCAAUGACAAAAAGCAGAAAUUGGAGCAGGACGAAGAGAGCGACUACGACUUGGAACAAGAGCUGCUUGCGGACCUGGAGGAUCUGGAAGAGUGA